AUGCAACUCCGUAACUAUGACACCGAGAGUAUUUAUCGUGUCAAAGAACUUUAUACCGAACGAGCUCACCUUCGUUCACAAGUGGAACAACUGAACGAAGAACGCGAUCGUGUCAAUAAACUUAUUCGCACAGCCUCCUCGAAAGCUGAGCGCUCGAACUACAUAACACAAGCAAAAGAAUGGAAAGAUCAAAUUCGUCAAAUCGAAGAAAAUCUUACACGUAUCGAAAACGAACUGAUAACCCAAGCACUUCAAGUGCCCAACAAUACCCACCCGGACGUACCUUUGGGAGCCGAGGAAAAUGCCAAGGUUAUUAAAAUCAUUGGUGACAAGCGUACUUCAACUGCACCGCUUUUGGAUCAUGUUGCUAUUGCCAAUCAAUUGGAUAUGGUAGAUUUUGAACAAGCUUCUUUCAUUUCAGGCUCAAAAUUUUAUUACUUGAAAAACUAUGGUGUCUGGCUAGAGUUUGCUUUAAUUCAGUAUGCCAUGCAAAAAGCUGCAGCCAAAGGCUUUUCGCCUGUCUUGGCCCCCGAUAUUGUACGUACAUCUGUUGCCUAUGGCUGUGGAUUCCAGCCCCGUAAAAAAGAAGCCUCUCAGAUCUACGACGUAACCACAGCUAGUAUGGCGGAUACACCAUCAGCGCCAAAGAUGUGUUUAGUUGGAACAGCUGAAAUUCCUUUAGCAGGUUUAUCGGCACGCACUCUUCUUAAUGAGGAGGAACUCCCAAAACGGAUCGUUGGGUUUAGUCAUGCAUUUAGAGCAGAGGCAGGACAUGGAUCAGCAGAAGAAAGAGGGCUUUAUCGUGUCCACCAAUUUUCCAAGGUGGAGCUAUUUGUCGUCACGACACCGGAGCAAAGUGAAGCGAUGUUGGAUGAAAUGAAGGCGUUGCAGGAAGAAAUGUUUACAGACUUGGGUCUUUGUUUUAGAAUACUGGAUAUGCCCACAGAAGAACUAGGUGCGAGCGCAUAUAGAAAAUACGAUAUGGAGGCCUGGAUGCCAGGGAAAAAUGGAUGGGGAGAGAUAUCAUCGACUUCUAAUUGCACGGAUUAUCAAACACGCCGGUUAGACAUUCGAUACUUAUCAAAAAGAUUUAAGGAAGAGGUUGGCAUAAAGGAUGUACGUGUACCUUGGAGCAUUAAAGAAAAGUAUGUGCAUUAUUGCCAUACAUUGAACGGGACCGCCAUGGCGGUGCCGCGAAUCAUUAUAGCACUUUUAGAAACACAUCAGAAUUCUGACGGCACCGUCAAUAUUCCAGAACCGCUUCGAAAAUGGAUUCCUGGUGAACCUAAAAUUAUAAAAUAA